UAUUAUCAUAACAGUCGUUGCGCACUUGCUGUUAUCGCAAAUCAAAACAAUAACAAUUUUAUUUAUUCUCGGCAGUCGAGGCGACAGACGGCGGACAGAGGAACUUCGUGGGGUGCCGCAGCCGUAGUGUGUUAUUGUAUCCUCGCGUAUCGUGCGCAGUUUAUUUUAUUAAGAGUCGGAACUCGGCCAUUUCAAACUCAUAAAGAAAAUAUGAUAUCUCCUACAAAUCUGAUGAAGCGACUGGGCGUGGGCGGGCGGCUGGUGGCGUUCUUCAAGGCGGUGUGCGUGUAUUUCGUGGUGGCGGGCGGCGAGGCGGGCGAGGCGCCGUCCGUGGCCGGGGUGGCGGCCAAGUGCGCGCCCGUGCUCUGUCUGAUGGUGCUGGUGGCGCUGCACGCGCUCGACGCGCCCGCGCACUGCAGCGACAGGCGCGCGUACGGGGCGCGCGUGGCCGCGGGGCUGGCGCUGUCGGCGCUGGGCGACGCGCUGCUGGUGUGGCCGCAGCACUUCGUGGCCGGCAUGGGCGCGUUCGCGGGCGCGCACGUGGCCUACCUCAGCGCCUUCGGCUGGCAGGGCUCGGCGCCGCGCGCGGCCGCGGCCUGCUACGGGGGCUGCGGCGCCUACCUGUGCGUGGUGGCGCCGGGCGGGCUGCUGGCGCGGCUGGUGCCGGGCUACGCGCUGCUGCUGGCCACGCUGUGCUGGCGCGGCGCGGCCCGCGGCGGGCCGGCGGCCGCGGGCGCCGCGCUGUUCCUGGUGUCGGACGCGGCGCUGGGCUACAGCCUGUGGGCCGGGCCGCUGCCGCACCGCCGCCUCGUCGUCAUGUCCACCUACUACCUGGGCCAGCUGGGCAUCGCGCUCAGCGCGCUGCAGCCGCACCCGCCCGCCCCACCCCGCGCGCAUGCGCAGUAGCCGCCGUCUUCCCGUCGCAAUCGACUCUAUACAUGUAAGCGAAAUACACCCAUUUGUAAUCUUCCUUUACUAGAAUGUAAGCUUUAAUCGUGUUGAAUCGAUGGUUAUAGUAGUAUUUUUGUAGUGUUCAAGUGAUGGGUGAGGGCACAAAUGUAUUUUAUUUUUAUAAUAGGUUGUAGGUGAUAACGUUCAGUAUGGCGCAACCGUCUGUGAUAUGUGGUCGACGACCUGCUGUGUGGGUUGUCGGUGUGAGGGAGAUGUGCGAGAGAGGUCCGGCUCAUUGCUAGGUAUUGGUAACGGCUUGUGCCAAAUGUGUGUGACGUGUGACGGCAUCCGGCGACCCUGGCGCCAGUAAGACUGAAGCACCAACGUGUACGUGUUGUAUGUGUCUCGUGUGUGCAGUACACUGCCGGCACGCGGCGGGAACUAGGGUUACGCUAAUAUUACACUAGUACUAGUAUUACACUAGUAUUUGUAACGAGCAACUACAGAACUAUUUAGUAUUAAACAUGGAAUCUAGCUUUCGAAUCUCUACACAAUUGAAAUAAAGUUAUUCAAAGGUAGGUAUAAUAGUCGAUUCCUAAAUCACGGUUGAAAUAGUUUCUAUAGAGACGAACAUAUCGCACGGCGCCCGCGCGGCCUAUAAGACUCCACUUUACUAUUCUAUGUUAGUUUUUAUGUAAAUCCAUAUUUUAUUAAAUGUUAUACUAUUGUAAAAUCAUGUGAUAGAUUUUAUAUUAUGUGUUUAAUAAACGCGAUUACGCAGUUGUA